CUCAAACUUGAAUGAAUUGUCCGCUCUAAUUUUAGCUCACAAAUACGAGGAAAUGACACCUCAGUUAAAAAAUAUCAAAUGAACUAAGCAAAGAGCCGUUAUCGUUGACGUUGUUUUUUUUUAUUUUUUUAUUUUUAUUUUUAAGCCUAACUGCCUGAGCAAAGACCGUUAUUUUUUUUAUUCAGUGUUAAUACAUAAAAGCUCCUUCUUUUGGGCAAACUAAGAGCACCUCGCCCAUACAUCUCUCAUAUUUUCUGUUUACAAUAUCUAGUUAUCUACUGCUGCUAUUGUCUUCCCAGUUAACCACCGUCAUUAUCAUUUUAUGCACAAAAUUAGUGAGCUAGCUAACUAUCCUCAUCACCACUAUGGGUUUGUAGCUAUCAUCAUUCUACAAUUCCAUUUCCAAUUUUAUUCCCAAAUGUUGAUGAUCGUGAAAUGUUUCUUUAUCUUCUUUUUCGUUGUUAUUUUCCCACAACAAGGAAAACGGCCUAAAAUCUUUUUUUUUUUAAAUAUUUUAGAGAUUUUGUUUUGCCUGAGCAAGUAUUGCUAUUUUACCAGAUCUUUAUGAUUGUUGUUGAUGAUUUUUUUUUUUUUUUAACCGAAGCCGUUGGUCACAUGGAAGUGCCUUUGUGUAAUGGUUAAAGACACGAAGACAUGAUCUUCUGAAAAAUCUAAAAAACAGAACAGAAGACAACCACGGAAAGUUGUAUGAAGAUAAAAAAAGAAAACCACGGAAGGAAAGUGAAAGAAAAUGAGUGUUCUGUUUGAAUUUGAUAUCAUGAUGAUUCACGGCACACUCAGGUCUUUUUUGGUUUCUUUUUCUUUUUUUUGGGUUGUUGGAGAUUCUUGCGGCGCGCGUUGAGUGUUUGCUGCUUUUUUACCAGUGAGCAGGGAAGUUCUAUUGUCGUCCCUGCUUUUUUGGUCCAACUGCACGAGACCACCGGCCACAUAUUAUUUAACAGUGUUCUUUAAAUUUUUUUUUCUCCCCAAAAACUCAUGUAGGUUCAGUUGCUAAAAAUAUAUUAAUGCAAUUAGUAACUACUGAAUACAACUCGUGUUUGUUCGAAUCUUGCUGCCUCCAUGGAAUUGACUGGGUAGAAAUAAUAUAGAGAGAGAGGGAAAACGACAUUUAAGACCUUCUAAAAAAAAAUUGCAAUACUCAACAACAGUGUAUACACAUAUGUUUUCACGAGAUAAUAUUUAAUAUAAAAGGUAAUAGAUUCGUAUUAUAAUAAUUUUUUUUCUGAGAGAACUUUAAAUGUUAUUCUUCUAGUAAAAAUAUCCAUUUGAUAUAUGAUGAUAUCAUCAUGAAAUGAUCCAAUAUUUAGAUCUAGACGCAUAGAAGAUACGGCUAGCACCCACGUACCCAGAUAAAUAAAACCGUUCGAUGGGAAAAAGUUUUCAUUUGUUCUAAGGUUCUAAUGGGUUUUGCGUAUCCCUUUGAAUUUUACACCGAAAACGUCUCCUUUCAUCGAUUAUGCCGUGAUUCUUUGGGCAUUCUUUAAUCUUUAUUCUCUCUCUCUCUCUCUCUCUCUCUCUCUCUCUCCGUAUUUCCUAAUCGACUGGACACGGCGCGUUCAAUAUACCUUAUUCUUAAAAUCUCGGUCAGUGGUCCAGAGAGGAAGCAGAUUCUGCAUUGGCACCAUAAUUUGACUAGUGCUUUAAGCUUAAGCAUUGGCCACUUGAAUGAUUGACACCCACAACAACCAAAAAAAAAAAAAUUGAAAAUAGAAAUAGUCACUAAAAUCAUACCGUGUUAUGAUAUAUCAACUGACGGGAUCAGUGAAACAUUAGUUUACUUGUUUGUUUUUGUCUUCUCUGUUGAUAAUCUGUAGUCUCUACCAUGGUCUAGUGCAGCAAUUUUGUCUGCUAAAAUGAUUUUAAAACCUUGGACCAAAAGAACCAAAUGAAAAAGUAACAUUUGGAUCAAGAUCCUUUGUAUUGUCUAACUGUUCGCUUCGUCUUUGCAUACAUCGAUAUCGUUGUGGCGUGAACUCUUUUAUCUGGAGUAAAACAACUGCAAAGCAGGUAAAUUAAGGCAACUUGUUGACUGCAGAUAUUGAACUUCAAAUGGCGACAGUUUGUUGGCCAUAUUUUGAUCCUGAGUAUGAGAACUUCAGCAACAGAAUCAAUCCUCCAAGGGUCUCUGUGGAUAAUGCUAGUUGCCAUGAUUGUACACUGAUCAAGGUUGAUAGCGUUAACAAACCUGGAAUUCUUCUGGAACUGGUGCAAAUUCUAACAGACCUUGACUUUAUAAUCACCAAAGCUUACAUAUCUUCAGAUGGUGGAUGGUUUAUGGAUGUUUUUCAUGUGACGGAUCAGCAAGGAAAGAAGAUUACCGACAUCAAAACCAUUGACUUCAUAGAAAAGGCUCUAGGACCCAAGGGUCAGAGCACAGAUGGGGCAAAGAGUUGGCCUGCCAAACGGAUUGGGGUACACUCCAUUGGUGAUCACACAGCUAUUGAGCUCAUAGGCAGAGAUCGCCCUGGUCUUUUGUCUGAGAUCUCAGCUGUCCUUGCCAAUCUCCAAUUUAAUGUGAUUGCGGCUGAAGUUUGGACUCAUAAUAGACGCAUAGCAUGUGUUCUUUAUGUCAAUGAUGCUGCCACCGGGGCUGUUGAUAACCCAAACAAAUUAUCUCUUAUGGAGGAGCAGCUCAAAAACAUUUUACGUGGAUGUGAGAAUGAUGAGAAAGUGGCUCGCACCAGUUUCUCUAUGGGUUUCACCCAUAUGGAUAGAAGACUCCACCAAAUGUUGUUUGCUGAUCGGGACUAUGAAUGUACUGGAGUAAUGGCCGACGUGGAUUAUCCACCUUGUUUUAGGCCAAAAAUAUCAAUAGAACGUUGUGAGGAAAAAGGGUAUUCAGUGGUUAGUGUCAGCUGUAAGGAUCGGGCAAAACUGAUGUUUGACAUUGUUUGCACUCUUACUGACAUGCAAUAUGUUGUUUUCCAUGCCACAAUCUCAUCGGAUGGCCCUCAUGCAUCCCAGGAGUACUUCAUUCGGCACAUGGAUGGAUGUACGCUUGAUACUGAAGCAGAGAAAGAGAGGGUUAUUAAAUGCAUUGAAGCUGCUAUUCAGAGAAGAGUAAGCGAGCUAUCUACUUGUAUUGUUGCAAUGGGUGUGAGCCUUGAGCUGUGUGCAAAGGAUAGAGUGGGGUUACUAUCUGAAGUGACUAGGAUUCUCCGAGAGAAUGGCUUGACAGUUUGUAGGGCAGCUGUAUCUACCAUCGGAGAGCAAGCACUGAAUGUGUUCUACGUGAGAGAUGCUUCUGGAAAUCCAGUGGACAUGAAGAUUGUUGAAGCACUUCGCAAAGAGAUUGGGCAGACAAUGAUGGUCAAGGUGAAGAGAGUAGCAACCGAUGCCGAGACUCCCGAGACCCGAGGAUGGGCCAAAACAGGAUUCUUCUUUGGGAACUUGCUGGAAAGAUUCUUGUCUUGAAGAAUUUUUUGGGAAGAAGGCACGUCAUUAUGUAAAUAAGAAUAAAGCUGAUGUGCUGUCCUUUGGCACUUUCUAUCAGACCUUUCACCUUUGCUUUGUAACUUAAACCGUCCUCCAAACCUUGCCCACCUUUCAUCCAUUACUGUUUCUUCGUAUGUCUCCUAGACCCUUGUUUUAACAUCUGGUGCAUCAAUGGAAAGAUAGCCGAGAAAAAUAACACGAACAAAUAUUAAA